UCUUUCGCGAGUUCGAAGCGCGUGAUUGCGCAGGCCGUGAGGCGACCGGCUGCGUGGAAGGACCGCGGAGGAUAAAAAGAGACGGCCGGUGUGCGCGAUUCACAUCGUCCUCGUUGUUCUCCCUCUCACUCAUCUCCAUCUCUCUCUCUCUUUCUCUCUCGCUUUCCCUCUAUCCUCCUCCGUCAUUCCUCUCCUUUUUCAGCGGUGUCCCUCCGACACCCUCACUCAACCUACCACUCUACCUCUCUCUUUCUCUCUCCCUCUCGGGCCUCUCCUCUCCCCCUCGCUCAGCUUGCCAUCCCGUCCCUCUGACGCUCGCUCGUUCUCGUUCCCUCCUCCCUCUAUCCCAUCUGCCCUUCUCGCUCCCCCUCACCGUAGCCGUCUCGCUCGCGCCCGCGAUCCAUGUACCUCCGCCUUCCUAUCCACCAAGCGGAGGACUGGAUUCCGUCGAAAAGAAACGACGAUUCGGAGGAUAGUCGCGACCGAUCAUAGCUGGCGCGUCGAUCGGAUCAACGGAGUGAACUAGCCGUCCGCGACUAACCGCAUCGCGCGUUACCACGACAAGUGCCACGCAUCGCUGUCGCGCGCUCUGUGCCCUUUAAUCUUUUUUUUUAUACUGCAACUCGUGAUCUUUCGGUGUGCCGGACAGAGCUCACGCUCCUUCUUCAAGAGGACUCUUGUCCGUUUCCCCCUUUGACCAACGCGAAAGUGAUCGAAGUGCAUGCGGUCCGCGGUACGACCAUAUAUCACCGGCUGUCGUUCGCGGCACUUUCUUUCGCAACCUGCUUCGCGAGUGUUCCCGCAAUAACGACGAUAACGACGACACGUAGAAGUUCCAACAACAGAACCGCUACCGAGGACUACUUCUCGGUCGCUCUCGCGCUUCAACUUGUUUUCGCGUGUGACAGUGCGAGUGCAUAUGCCGGCAGCGGACCGCCACCGAUUCCAACCGGUUCGAGUGCAACUGGACGGCCAGUCGCGACGACCGGGCAUACGGGAGUGCCGUCGACGCGAGUAGCACCCCGCUACGGGGUGGCUGGACACGCGACACAGAGGGUUCUCACGCCUACGCGUGAGCAUUCGCUUCAGGCACGCUAGUGAGAAAAAGGAAAAAAAGGGAAAAAAAGAGCGGAAGUGUGACCGAUUCGCGAAGUGACUACGUCCGGGAGCGAGGCGCAUACGGCGAAUGCCGCGGACUUCUGGAACGAUGAUCGCGUAGCGGUGCCCGACCAUCACGGCCCUGAGCGGCCGACACAUCAUGUCACAGUUCUCUUUCCGAGGAUCGCCAAAUCUACAGUGUCCUGUGACAGUCAACUCGUCGUUGGCGCCGUCCUCGGCCUCGCCUGUCACCGGUGUGAUCCUCAGCGCGGGCGGCUCGUCCCUGGUCAGCAGUGUAGCCGCCAGUACGACGACGAAUCAUCCUCUGGACGUAGCCGGUCUGUCGCAAGCGAGGAUGGCAGUGACGAGCGCGAUUGUGAGACCGCCUGGCAGUCCCACUACCUCGGUUAGCCCGUCCCAGGGUCAUCCGCCACCAUCGGCCGGAGGUCCUACUGCAGCCAGGUGUUGCGAUACCGGUCGGCCAAUCUUCACCGAUCCACUGACAGGCCAGACCGUUUGCUCCUGCCAGUACGAACUGCUGGGUGGCUAUCAGCGUCUAGGUGGCCUACCCACGGCCGCGCUCUCUAUGUACAGCGCGCCAUACGCGGCCGCCGCCGCGGCGGCGGCGUCCGAGGGUAUGGCUGCGUACUUUCCUAGCUUGGGCGCCGAGCAAGCACCCUUCUACACGCCCACGGCCGCCGGUCUAGAUCUUAAAGAAAAUCUGGGCGCUGGAGCCGCAGCAGCGUGGCCUUAUCCCUCGAUGUAUCACCCUUACGAUGCUGCUUUUGCGAAUUACCCCUUCAAUGGUUAUGGCAUGGAUCUAAAUGGCGCGAGGCGAAAAAACGCGACACGAGAAACAACGAGUACGCUGAAAGCGUGGUUAAACGAACACAAGAAGAAUCCAUAUCCCACUAAAGGCGAAAAGAUCAUGCUGGCUAUUAUUACCAAGAUGACACUGACACAAGUGUCGACGUGGUUUGCGAACGCGCGGAGACGCUUGAAAAAAGAAAAUAAAAUGACGUGGGAACCAAGAAAUCGUGUUGAAGACGAAGAUAACAAUAACGAAGACGAUGAUAGCGGGCGGAAAAGCGUCGAUGAGAAAGAUCGGCUAGAUUCGAAAGACUCAGGUACAGGUUCCAGCGAGGACGGGGAACGACCGGCGCACCGUUUGGACUUACUACAUGGCGGCAGUGGUGGAUCGGCGGGCGUCCAAGGUAGAACCGAGAGCGAGUGGAGCGAGUCGCGAGCGGACAGUGGCCCGGAUAGUCCGGAAUGUCUGUACGAUCAGAGGGAACCGAGGCAUCCGCUGCAACUACAGCAUCCGGCGUAUCUCACUCAAAAUCACGGUCGAUUGUUGCGCCAUCCCUCGCCGGAGAGCACGUCGCCAGGUAGUCAACAUCAUCUUCCACCGAGUACCAGCGCGCCGUCCACGGGUAGCGCGGUGACGACGAAGCCGCGGAUCUGGUCGCUGGCGGACAUGGCGAGUAAGGAUGGAGAUCAGCAAAAUACGAAUCCAGCCACGAUGACGGGUCUCACGUCACCUUACAGUGGAACGGGCGGAGGCGGAGGUGGCAUUGGCGGGGGGGGGGGGGGGGGGCAUCCGGGCACGCAAUUUGUAAGACCGCAUCCGGACUUCUACAGGAAUUUGUACGGUGCGUCCCAUCUCGGCUCCGGUGACAUAUCUCUGCUGGAGACGUAUUCGAGGACUCUUGGUGGACUUGGCGGCGUAAUACCACCAUCCACGGCCCCGAGCAUACUUACGUCCUCGUCCUCGUCGAUCUCCGCCGCCGGUAACGUGAAACCUUUUACGAUCAACGGUGGUAGCGGGGCGGCGGGCGGUACCCCCGCCGGAUCGGCAGUUUUACUGACUACCGCGUCUUCCGGUUUGUCGCCGUCGUCGUCGUCGACGGCGUCGUCGGGCGGGUCCGAUCAGUCACCUCAUCCGGCGGGCGGCGGUCUGCCCGCGACUCAAGAACUCAAAUCUCCCGGACGGGUGUGACUCGACGAAGCGACCGAUCGCUAAAGAGACGUUUAUCGCGGGCGCGCGCUGUGCAUCGGCGGGCGUUUUGUGUGGUGUGGCUGACAAUAAUCAGAGACUACAAUCUUGUAAUUAGUGUACAGUAUAAAAUGGAGAUGAUGAGAUAUACUGCCCCAACCCGCUUCCUCGUUUCCUAGUCUUUUCAUUUUUUUUUCUCUUUUUCAAUGUCAUCGUCGAUGUUUCUUUUAUCUCUCAUACCCUUCCCUUCUUUCCUUCGACUUUUUAUCCAAGUUUUAUUUUCCGUACUCAAUUAUUCUCGAUAAAAAGGGAAAAACUCGUAGUACCGAUUACCCAUAGUGGCUCUAUCGCGGUAUAACCGUACAACAUCUAGCGUGUCAACUCGACAGUACUAUUACACACACAUAUAAAUAUUAUAAAUAUCUAAAGAUAUACGAUAAUAUAAUUAAUAUUAUUUAUGCGUUUGUAAAUAGUAGAGAAAGGCCCAGUAGAGGAAUCGUCCGGCCAGUGUAUGUAUUGUAUGUAGAGUAGACACUAUAUUACUAGCCUACCUGAGAUCAUAAUUCAUAUUAAUGACGAUUAUUAUUAUUAUGAUUAUUAUGAUUAUUAUGAUUGUUAUUGCAAUGUUUAUAAUAUUAUCGAUUCACGUCGACUCGGUCGAGCAUGACGAGGUAUGGGUCGUUAAUCGCGGCGACAGAUUGCGAGGGAUCGUCGGAGUGUAUAAAGAUUCUUGGAGGUCAGUCUUUGAUUCCUCUUCUUGUAAGUAUCUCCUCUCUUAUUUAUUUUGCUAAAAAUUAUUGGCUCGUGAUAAUUUUUCGCAAGAGCGGAUAAAGGCUGCCAAAUCGCGAAUCGAUGCACAAAUAUGACAUCGCUCGCAAUCUGCUGCGAACACAAUUUCCAUCGCGUCCCGUCGUCGUUGCGUAGAAAAGGAACGUUCUAAGUUACACGAAGGUGAAGCCACGGGCACAACGGCUGUCAACAUAUCAUGUCAUGUCGAGAGUGAACGAUCGCCAUCACCUUUUAGUCAUUCGUGUCCAAAAUUUCACGCGAACUCGCUGAUGCCACACUGACAUGUGACAUCAAUGCAGACUGUGUCCUUUCGCAAUAAACGAAUCAUUACGGAAA